AUGACUUUCUACUUGCAGGAUGGCCCAAAUCAGUGUGCUGGUCGUAUUGAAGUAUUUUACUUUAUGAGCUGGCGAACUGUGAUUUGCAGUGAAGGAUGGGACAUAAAUGAUGCUCAGGUUGCAUGCCAGCAACUUGGAUGUGGCCACGCUCUUGCUGCUGUGACUAAUGGCCUUUUUGGAGAAGGAAAGGGUGGCCCAUUGAUGACAAAAGUAGAUUGCUCUAUAUGGGAUAGUGAUUUGUUAUCUUGUCCUCACGAGUAUCGACCUGCCACAUGUAGAGGCUACAAGCAUGCUGGUGUUAUAUGCUCAGAUUCUGGACUGACACCACCUACUCUGACAUCAUCAUUAAGACCAUCAUCAACCACAGCGACACCUACAACUCCAGGACUGUCCCUGAGACUAGCUGACACCUACAACUACUGUGAGGGGCGUGUGGAAGUUUAUUAUGAAAGUGCCUGGGGAACGGUUUGUGGCAACAACUGGGAUCUCAAGAACGCCCAGGUUGUCUGCAGGCAGCUUGGAUGUGGGAAUGCUGUGGCAGUAGUGCCUUGGCCUCGGUUUGGUCAGGGCUCAGGAAGAAUCCUCCUAGAUGAUGUCCGGUGUGAGGGGGAUGAAGCUUACCUGUGGGAGUGCAAAAACCUUGGAUGGGGUGUACAUAACUGCAGUCAUCAACAGGACGCCACCAUUCUCUGUGAAGGUAUGUCCUGAUUUUCUCAACUGGAGGAUGGCCCAAAUCAGUGUGCUGGUCGCGUGGAAAUCACUUACUUUGCAAGCUGGAGAACUGUGGUCUGCAGUGAAGGAUGGGACAUAAAUGAUGCUGAGGUCAUUUGCCAGCAACUUGGUUGUGGCCAUGCUCUUGCUGCUGUGACCAAUGGCCUUUUUGGAGAAGGAAAGGGUGGCCCUUUGAUGACAAAAGUAGAUUGCUCUAUAUGGGACAGUGAUUUGUUGUACUGUCCUCAUGAGGAUCGGCCUGCCACGUGUGGGGACUACAAGCAUGCUGGUGUUAUAUGCUCAGAUUCUGGACUGACACCACCUAACCUGACAUCAUCGUCAAGCCCAUCAUCAACCACAGUGACACCUACAACUCCAGGACUGUCCCUGAGACUAGCUGACACCUACAACUACUGUGAGGGGCGUGUGGAAGUUUAUUCUGAAGUGCCUGGGGAACGGUUUGUGGCAACAACUGGGAUCUCAAGAACGCCCAGGUUGUUGCAGGCAGCUUGGAUGUGGGAAGCUGUGGCAGUAGUGCCUUGGCCUCGGUUUGCGGAAAUCUCUAAACCAGAUUCUGGACUGCGACCACCAGACCUGGAAGACUUUGAGCUACGUCUGGUUGAUUCUUGUAACCUUUGUGAGGGGCGUGUUGAAGUUUAUUACAAUGGCACAUGGGGAACAGUUUGCGAUGAUGAUUGGGAUAUCAAUGAUGCGCAAGUGGUUUGCAAAGCGCUCGGGUGUGGAGAUGCUCUCUCAGCUUUGGGAGACGCUCACUUCGGUAAAGGCAAUGGAAAUACCUGGCUUUCUAACCUUCAGUGUGAGAGCAAUGAGUCCCAUCUGUGGCAGUGCAGACACUUGGGCUGGGGUAUCCAUGGCUGCCAUCCUGAAGAAGAUGCCAGCGUCAUCUGCACAGUACGAGAAUACAACCAGUAA